AUGGCAUCAGAAAAGACCACAAAGAAAGAUCUGCUAAAGGCUGAGGAGCAGCAGCAAGCGAGCGUUGUCGAUCGGGUAACCAGCCUGCCCUUGCUCAACUCUGCCUUCAACCUGGUCUCAUCAGCCUACAACCACACCAAGGAGACGCAUCCUUGCCUCAGUGGGGUCUGCAACGUGGCUGAGACCGUGGCUGCUGUCGCAGUAGGCAGCGUGGUUGGUGGGGCACAGCCCAUCCUGAACCAGCUGGAGCCACAAAUUGCACUUGUAAAUGAAUACGCCUGUAAGGGACUGAAUCAGCUGGAGGAGAACUUGCCUUUUCUUCAACAGCCAGCAGAUAAGGUAAUCUUGGACACCAAGCAGCUGGUUUCCACCAAAGUGACAUGUGCUAUGGAUGCUGCCUGUGAGGCAAAAGAAGCAAUGGCUGAUAAAGUGACUGAAGCUGUGGACCUCACUAAAAAUGUUGUUGGGGACAGUGUCAAGCUGACUAGGUCAAUGGUCACCUCCACUGUUAACAGUGCUGUGGAGGCUGCCCAGGGUGCCAAGGACCUUGUGACCAACAAGGUGACUGAAGCUGUGGACCUCAGCAAGCAUAUUGUGGAGGACAGUGUUGGACUCGCCAAGUCUGCAGUGGCUUCUACAAUUGCCAAUACUGUGGAGGCUGCCCAGGGUGCCAAGGACCUUGUCACUAACAAGGUGACCGAAGCUGUGGACCUCAGCAAACACAUUGUGGAGGACAGUGUUGAAAUGACCAAGUCUGCAGUGGCUUCUACUAUCGUCAACGCUGUGGAGGCUGCCCAGGGUGCCAAGGACCUUGUCACUAACAAGGUGACCGAAGCUGUGGACCUCAGCAAACACAUCGUGGAGGACAGCGUUGAAAAGACCAAGUCUGCAGUUGCUUCUACAAUUACUGCUGCUGUAGGGGCUGCCCAGAGUGCAAAGGAUCUUGUGACCAACACGGUGACUGAAGCUGUGGACCGAACCAAAGGGGCUGUUCAGGAUAGUGUUGAGAAGACUAAAUCGAUGGUUGCUUCUACGGUCAACACAGCUCUGGAUGCUGCAUAUGGCACCAUAAGCAGCAAAAUCAAUACGGCCUUGGAGCAGAGCAGAGAGGUGAUCCAGGAGGGGAUGAAGAUGACCAAUUCGGUGGUGACCAACAGCAUAAGCAAAGCCAAGGCAGUGAGCCAAGCAGUGGCAGGUGGUGUGGAGUCUGUCCUGGGGAUAUCAGAAGAUCUGGUGGAUCAUUACCUCCCGAUGACGGAGGAGGAACUAGGUGAACUGGCCACCAGUGUCAAGGGAUUUGAUGUGGCUUCUGUGGAGGAGCAGAAACAGCAACAGAGUUACUUUGUGCGCCUGGGUUCCCUCUCUAGCAAAGUCCGGCAGCGAGCCUACCAGCUCUCCCUCAACAAACUGAGGUGCAUUAAGCAAAGCACCCAGGAGACUCUCUCCCGACUACAACUGGCAAUAAAACUGAUUGAAUCUGUGAAACAGGAGGUUGGCCAGAAGCUUCUGGAUGGGCAGGAGAAGCUCCAUCAGCUGUGGGUGGACUGGAGCCUGACCCAACCCAAAGGAAUCCAAGUAAAAACUGCCUCCCAACCAGAGGUAGAGUCACGGACUCUAGCUAUGCUGCGUAUCAUCACCCAGCAGCUACAACCUGCUUAUGAGAAUCUGAAAGCCAGCAUCCAUGGCCUCCCCAGCAACAUCCAGGAAGCUGUGUAUCAGGCCACUCGAAAUAUCCGCAAGCUCCAUAGUUCUUUUUCCAGUGCUAUGUCUUUCCAGGACCUCUCCAGCACCACCCUGACCCGGAGCCAGGACUAUGUGGCAGAAGCUCGAAGGUCCCUAGAUGACUUGUUUGAGUAUGUAACUCACAACAUCCCUCUCAACUGGCUUGUGGGUCCCUUCAGGGCAAUAGCUAAAGAGUCACAGGACGGCAGGAAGCAGAUGAAGAAAGAUAUGGUGACUGACAGAAAAUCACCUGUGGUGGAGAAGGCACCCGAGGAGCCAAAGGGGACAAAAGCACCCGAGGAGCCAAAGGGAGCCACCAGGAUCCCAGAGGAAGGGUGUGAAGUGUUAGAGAAGCUGGAAGAGAAGGCAGAGAAAGACACAGAGGUGGCGCUGGCUGCAAAGGAGAUAAAAACUAAUGCACCAGAGGAAGAUCCCUGAAAAUUCCAGCUCUUCUGGCCAAGGCUCCCUGGCUAGAACAGCACUUUACCCUUUAAUCAUGUGUCCAGCUGCCAGUCGUGCCCCAAGUGCCUCCUGCUCACUCCCUGUCCCAGGCUGAGUUCACAGCAAGGUGUAGUUUGCGAGGAGACCUGGGAGCCAAGGUGGGGUGACUCUGUAUCUUGAUUUACUAUAUUUUUUAAAUCAUGCUGCUGCGCUGAGAGGGAAGAUGGGGACCUGUACUUCAGCUUUUUAAGCCAGCCCAGCUCUGUGGUGUGAAUGGCUAAUUCUUGCUGAGAGAAGUAGUGGCCUCAACUUAUUUUUAAUGUCGGGUUUGGUUUUUAAUUCAUCCAAGCGACAGAUCUUGAGAGGAUGAGGUGCUUGGCCCUUGAUACUGUUUCCCUCCUUUUACAAGUUUAAAAAUACACGUUACAGACACUUCCUUUGUGCCCCUUGUGCUUCCGGCGAGGCUCACCCCGCAGCGGAGCGGGACCAGCCGGGGGCAAGGGGCAGCUCCUCAAAGAAAAAAAAAAAGACUUUGUGGAUCAGCCAAACACUUCUUCUUUCCUAGAGAAACACUUAGCAAGGUGGGAUUUUCUUUUAAGCAUGACAAUUUGCAGUGGGAUUAUCUUUUAGUCGUGUAAAUGCCUUCAGGGAUCGUCCGGUUGUGUGUGAGUAACUCCAUGUGUGAAGCCUUUAGCUGGCAAAUGAGGCAGCUCUUGCCAGGAGUUACUCUGGGAUGGGAUCUCCUGGUAUUAAAAGGGGGGAGGUAAGUGUUGGUUAUUCCCCCAGCAAACAAUGCUUUGUAAUCAUUCCUAAUGUAACUUAUUUUGGUAACUUAUGUCCUGGCCUGGUCCUUGUGUUAAGGCUGGAAUAAGGGCAAGCAGACUUUGGAAUAAAGCGUGACCUGCGUUCAAAAAAAA